AUGGCGUCUCAGGCCCAAAAAACUUUCAAGCUAAACAACGGUGCCCAGAUCCCUGCUAUCGGACUGGGAACGUGGCAAGACGAGGCUGCUCAAGAGGCUGCGGUUCUUGUAGCUCUCCAGGCCGGCUAUCGCCACAUAGACACCGCGAGAUGCUACGGCACUGAGCCAAGUGUGGGAAAGGCUAUCAAACAGAGUGGUGUGCCGCGGAGCGAGAUUUUUGUUACUAGCAAGCUGUGGAACAACAAGCACCAUCCUGACGAUGUUGGUCCGGCGUUACAGCAGACGUUGGAUGACUUGGACCUCGAAUAUCUAGAUCUUUUCCUGAUGCACUGGCCCGUCGCCUUCAAGCGUGGAGAUGAUCUUUUCCCUUCUGAUAAGGACGGCAACUUGAUAACCGAAGACAUCGACUAUGUCCAGACCUAUAAAGCGAUGGAGGCCCUUGUCAAGUCUGGAAAAACCAAGGCUAUUGGGAUUAGCAAUUUUUCAAAGAAGGAAGUCGAGCGCAUUCUCGAGAAUGCAUCUAUUGUUCCAGCAGUCCACCAGAUGGAGUUGCACCCAUGGCUGCAACAGAAAGAGUUCGCGAAGUUCCACCAGGAGAAGGGUAUCCAUGUGACUCAAUACUCGCCAUUUGGUAACCAGAACGAGAUUUACGGUGGUCGUGAGGAUCACGGCCAGCUAGUGAAUGAUGAAAAGCUCGUCGAGAUUGGGAAGAAAUAUGGCAAAACCUCAAACCAGGUUGCCUUAGCCUGGGGUAUCUCCCAUGGACGUUCCGUUAUUCCCAAGUCCAAAUCGCCAGAGCGAAUCGCCCAGAACUUCGACAUUGCAUUCAAGCUAGACGAUGCGGAUAUCCAUGAGAUCGAUAAUCUUGAUAAGAAGCUUCGCUUCAACGAUUCGAGCAAGGACUUUGGAUAUGAGCUCUUUACAGACCUUGAUGGCAAGCAGAAAUAA